AUGGACAUUCGUAGGUCCAGCUUUGUUGAGCUAACUCAAACAUGGGAGGAUCUAAGAUCCCGAUGUCCACCAGACCGUAUCUUGCUUAAUAACCCCUUGUGUUUAUUAACGGGUGAAAGACUAGAAAAGAUCAAAGAACCUUCUCUAUACUUCAGGUCUUCUGCUUCUCGACCAGCUGACUGCAGAAAAACUUGGAAGAAACACUUGGUCACAGCCUUCCAAAGGGUUACAAAGGAGAUGGCAUAUAGGAGGGAGAAAUGGAAAGUCCAUGGUUCAACUCUAUUCCAAAUAAUCUUGUCUUUUGCUGGGCUGGUCAUGGUGCAUGGUAUUUGUGGUUUUCCACCCCUGCUUCACUUUGCUAUCCCAGCAACACCUUUGGACCAAACUAUCUUCCCAGAAGAAACACAACUGAGAUACAACUGUCGCCCAGGUUACACUCGGAAUAGCUCCAAGAAUGUGCUCAUCUGUAGAGAUAAUUCCUGGCAUCUCACAACUCCAUUUUGCAUCAAGAAACGAUGCGAACACCCAGGAGAACUGAACAAUGGGAGAGUCAUUAUUAAGACAGACCUCGAUUUUGGUUCCAAAAUAGAAUUUAGCUGCUUGGAUGGAUACAACCUAAUUGGAUCAUCAACAAGUUUCUGUGUGAUUUCGGAUUCAAGACUUACCUGGAGUGAACCUCUUCCGGUAUGUGAAAUUGUAAGUUGUCUGCCUCCAUCACCCAUCAGCAACGGAAAGCACAACGGUCGAGAGGACAAUAUCUACACCUUUGGUUCUUCGGUGACCUAUAGAUGCAACCAUCCAUUCUCACUUAUAGGAGAGGCCUCUAUUUCUUGUACUGUGGUAAAUGAGACUACUGGUACAUGGCAUCCGCCUCCACCCAUAUGCAAAAUGGUCUCCUGUAAUCAGCCUCAGAUUUCAAAUGCGAAGAUAAUAUCUGGUUCGAGAACCACCUACACAUACAAAGACACUAUUCUGUUUGAGUGCAAGAAGGGUUACUCUCUCCAAGGCCCCAAUUUGAUUCACUGUGAAGCUAACAAUAGUUGGAUUCCUGCUCUACCCACUUGUAUGAUCAAUAGCUGCCUUACACCACCAUAUGUUGAAAAUGCUGAACUGAGAACCCGUCUUGAUAAUGAAAGAGAGUUCUCAGUUGGCACCAAAUUGACAUUAAGGUGUAAGUAUGGAUACAAAGCCGAUCCAGUUGGGCCAGUUACUGCAACAUGCCAGAAAGAUUUUAAAUGGCACGUGGAUAGAGUUUGUAAGAGAAUUUGUUGCCCAUCACCACAGAUUGAUCAUGGAAAAUUGCGAGGGUUCACCAAUGACUGUAUUUAUUUACCAGGAAAGUCAUUUAUAAUUGACUGUAAAAACUACAUGAAAAAUAGUGUAUGCCAAGUAGAUGGCACAUGGAAACCUGAAAUAGCCACAUGUGAAAAUGAAGAAGAUGGUAAGUAA